AUGAAUAACAAUGACAUUAUAUAUUAGUAGCAGUAGGAGUAAAGAGAGAGAAAACCUUCGAUUUUAGAAUAGCUGUGUUCAUGCCUUUAUUUUUUUUAAAAGAAGAAUGUGAGGGCUAAUGAAAGAUAUUAAUUAGGAAUUGAUACUCCAAAAUCUCAUGUAAGUUAGAUUAAAUUAAAUCCCAGGCUAGAAAACUCUGUGUUUUAGAUUUGGACGAAACAUUGGUACAUAGUUAAUUUAAAGCUGACAAUGGUUAUGAUUUUUUACUUGAUGUAAUAUUAAAAAUAUGUUAGAUAAUUGUAUAAAGUCAAUUAUUUAAAGUAUUUGUUACAGUGAGACCAGGAGUGGAAACAUUUAUAGAAUCACUAAGUGAAUAUUUUGACAUAGUAUUAUGGACUGCUAGCUUAAAAGAGUAUGCUGAUCCUGUUAUCGAUAUUAUUGAUCCAUAAAGAAGGAUUCAAACAAGACUUUAUAGAGAAAGUUGCACUCCAAUUAGAGGAGGACUGACCAAAAAUCUAAAUAAAUUAGGAAGAAACUUAAAAGAAGUGUUAAUAAUAGAUGUAACGCAUAUUGAUUUAAUUAGAAUUCCUAAAUGUCGUUUUUAUUUUAACCAGAGAAUGGCUUUUUAAUCAAAGAUUUUAUACAGGAUAAAAAUGAUAAAGAGUUAGAUAUGUUGUUACCCUUCUUAAUUUGGCUUAGUCAAGUAAUUUAUCCAUAUAAUUAAAGCAACCUGAUGUUCGACCUGUAUCAAAAUUAUAUUAGUAAUUUAUGCUGAACAAUUAGCAUUCACGAAAAAAUUGGAAAAAAUAGAUUCUCUCGUAAUCUAUGGUUUUGAAUCAAGAUAACAUCUAAAAACAAUUCGAAAUUCCUAGAACCCAUACUAUGAAUCAUUAGGACUUUGAAGAAAUAGAAUUGAGGUAAGAGGCAGGACUCAAUUCCCCUCAUGUGGAACUUAAAAUUUAGGAUUAGACAGAUGAUGAAGAAAGCAAAGAAACAUUUGAAAUCAGUAGUAAUUGUUGA